UCACUGUGGUUUAGUUUCUUAAGUACCAACCAGCCAAGCUCUUGUAGAAAAGUGGAAAGUGUUUGUAUUUGAAUGAGUAUCUGAUUUUGUAAUGAACAUAAUACACAUACACUAUUUGAAAAUGUCACUUGAAUGGUAAAUUCAAAGAAGAUAGAAUGAGACGGGAGUUGGAAGUACCUUGGGUCUUCCUUCGUGUAGAAUAAAUGGUUGGUGGCAUCCUAUUCUAGCAUAAUCAAGUGCUGUAUGACUCACAUGCUGUUAGUGCCGACAGACAAGUCCAAGUAUAGGUUGCUGAUAAACAAGUGCAUAUUGUUAAGAAGAGAGAUUGGCUGGGUAACAACAACAACAGUAGGUCCCUUGCUCACAGUAGCCAUCCAACAGUUGGUUAUAGAGCGGAUGAGGAUCAAUUUCAAGGGAAAAAACAUUUGAGAGGUUUCUUCAUUAUCCAGCUGAAUGUCAAAUUCAUCAAGACAAGGCAUAAGAUAUGUGCGAUUGAGAAUGGCUUCCAAUAAUGAGUUGGAUGUUGACACAGAUGGAGAGCCAAGUGGUUCUCACAUUCUCUCACAUGAAGAAGUAGAGAUGACCCAUUUGAUGGCAGAUGUUGAGACAAGCAAAUCUGGCAUUGAUGCCAAGGGGAAUAGUUUGGCCAGGCAGCGAGCCAAAGCACCGGAAUCGGACCAUGACUGGCACCAAUAUGUUGUUCCAAAUGAAGAUGUCAAACCAGGAUCAGUACCCCCACCACCUUACAUUAUGUUUACUGAAAAGAAGGAUAAGCCAGGGGAAGAGCACAUCAGUGCUCCACAGCUGAAUCCUGAAGAUGCGCGCAAGGCACUUUUAGCAUAUGUCACCCAGCACUGCUGCUUUGGUAGUCAGGUAGCAAGAGAAAUGCAGAUUAUAAAUGUAACUCACACAAGUGCAUUACAGUACAAAUUAGAAACUUUUACAGAAUCUAGACACCUUAAUUGGGAUGAGGAGCCAUACACAGACCACAGUGGCCCUCUUGAUCACCCAGUUAAUGGCCUUGUUCCUGCCCCCUGGUCCAUUCCAUGUGAACCCACAGAUAUGUUCAAAAAUGAAACACAAGAGUAUGUCCUGCCUCAUUCAGAGACAUUAGUGGUGUGCAACCUCUGUGAUGGCACAGGGACUAAUGAAUGUCGUUGGUGUCAUGGGAAGGGCUACAAGAAGUGUCCCAGCUGCAAUGGUUCAGGGAAGAAGAAGAUUGUGUAUGGCAGAUAUGCCAUCACAUGCAAGCCUUGCAGUGGCCAUGGUAGGGUCAGUUGUGGAGUGUGUGACACUACUGGCACCCUCAUAUGCAAAAGUUGUGAUGGUCUCAAGAAACUGAAGAGAUUCCUUGUUUUGGCUGUAAAAUUUAAAACCCUGGUAAGUCGCCACAUUGUGGAGAACACUGAAUUUCCUAAGGAACUUGUCAAGGAUGUUGGUGGACAGAAGGUCUAUGAGCAAACAUUACCCAGGGUUUGGGCCAUGACUAGCUAUCCAAAUCAGGAACUGUGCAAAAAGUCCAAAGAUUAUUGUGAGGGACAUGAAAAAAAAGCAGAAAAAGAACAUGAGAAAAUAAUUAUGCAGAGACACGAGUUAGUUGUGAAACCAGUUUGGGAAUGCACUGUUUUGUGGAGACAUGAAAACUGGAGAUUCUGGGUUUAUGGCAAUGAACACAUGGUUUAUGCACCAAAGUACCCCCAGCGGUGCUGCUGGAGAUGUAGUGUCAUGUGAUGUUGCCACGGAGUGAGGUCAUGAGAUCAGGGCCAGUGACCAGUCUCUACAGGGAUUGACAGUCUAAUAUGAGACAUUUUGCAAAGUAGAGAAGAAACAUGAAGGGAAAGGAAAAUAAUUUACAGUUUAUGUUACUUUGCAGUAGAGGAACACUGCAUCAACCACCAGGAGUAAACUGCAAUAGCAGGUAUUUAUGCCGAUUUCAAAAGUAUGUAUCAGGUGAUAAUUUGGAAGAUAUACUACCAGAAGCAAAAUGGCAGAGAAGAUUGUGAUGAUUUUGAGACUUGAUUCUUGUUUUUUAAAUGGCAUGAGACCAAACAAGAUGUUUUUAUUUGUAUGGUUUAAGCAAAUGACUGAAUCAAUCAUAUUGCCUGAUGGCAUUGAUGCAUGGAUGGGCCAGUUGUAGGUAGAUGGGUCAUGUGUUUCUUUGUUAUAUAUAGAGGUGAAUUACACGCAUGUGAAAUACUGGAUGAAAUGGUUUUUGGUCCUUGUUGUGACAUUUAUCUCUAAUUUCUAAUGUCAACUUCAUAUCAAUUUAUUCAUUCGAAGCACUACAUUCAAAUACCUUUUCCAUAUUUCUUUUUCUUAUUUUAAACUUAUUUGACAGAAGGAUGUACAAUGCUGUUUGUUGUCAUUAUGAGCUUUUGGAUGUAGUUUCAAAUAUCAGUGUUUUUUAUAUAUACUGGAGUCUUGCCAAAAAAUAUAGGAGUUGUAUCAAAUUAAGCAAAUCAAUAAUAAAAAACUCUUCACUUUGAUAUAAGUCACAGUCAAUGCAUUUGCCCCUAAAAGAACAUAAAAGUUAUGUUGAAGAUAUUUAUUUGUUUUUAAAUCUAUUUUGCAACACAAGGUAUUAAUGAUUAAUUCAGAAUAACAAUGAAUUUAUAUUUACUGUUUAAGCCUAAGCUACUAUGUUUCCCAGAAAUUUUGUCUUAGAUUUCAUUGUUGGCAUAUUUUUAGAAUUUCACACGUCCUCAUAUUUUCUUAAAUUGAGAUUUGCAGAAGACACACUUAUUGUGUAUUUUAGAAUGUUAAGUCACUGAUUAAUUUAAUUCCUUUACUGGGCCUAUCCAGUUGCAAGAACUUUGUCAUCACAAUGUUAAACAUGUAACAAGUCAAUUGAGCAUCCAGAUUCAAAUCCUUGAACAUACAGUCCUACUGAUCGAGAGAGUGAAUAUUCUAAUUCAUCCAAGUGAAAUCUCAUAAGAGGAAAAAAUAUAUCCAGUACUGGACUUCUACAAUGGCAAUGCAGCAAUCCAACAUGUCAAACCUUGUAUGUAUGGGGUAGUGUGAAGUGGUAAAGACUAUAGUCAGAAGUUUACAUGUGAGAGUCCAAACAACCCCUGAAAGCCAAAGUAAGCUCAGCCUGAAGCCACAGGCCACAAGGUGAACAGUGAAGUCUUUACCAUCCUGGAUUGAGAAGAGAAGUGGCAUAGAAAAGUAGUUAAAGAAGCCAUCUGGCAGAGUGUAGAGGACUCUUCACUGAACCACAAAGGAGGACUGAGAGCUAACCUCUCCCAUAUCUGGGAUCAGGCCCUCAGUCUCAUACCUAGCCAUAUCUGACCAGUCAUGACCAGCCCAUCAUGUCACUGACACUCAUUUCCCUGCUAAAGAUCAAUGGUAAUGAUCUCAAUGUCAGAUCAUUGUGUUAUCAUUCUGUAAGUCCAGUAUCAGUGUUAUUUUUUCCUUUUAUGUAAUAUCUACUAUUACUGUUGUUCCCACAAAUUUAAGGAGCUCAAAGAUUUUCUCUUGUGACUAAUCAAUAUGGCCAUCAUGUGACUUACAUAUUGCAAGAAAGUUUCCUUGAGGGAAAGAGAAUUUCUUAAACAAUGCCAAGACUGUUCCCAGACCCUGUAUCUGAAGAACAAUUAGAGCCUACUUGUAGAAAAGGAGUAUUUGGACUUUUUUUAGAUUGUGGAACAUUGACUCCUGUAUUCAGUAUAUUUAACAGUUUGGUACAAUUGCAUUUAUUAUCCUAAGUGUUGUACAUUUGAAAGUAAUAUCAUACAAAGGCAGUUUAAUAGAUUACCUAUUGUAGAUUAAUGCCAGGCAAGUUGAUUUUGCAGUCAAUAUGUUGUCUGAUAGGUGUUUGUGAAAGUUGAUGAACAUGUAUAAUAUAUCAAACCUGAACAGGAUGUUGAAAUCCAAAGACUGCAGAAUGGUUUUACUUAAGGGAAGUGUUGGAACUGAAGGCAUAUAUCUUAGCAAGAAAAGGAGAUUUAUUUGCCAAUCCUCAGUAACAUUUGUUAAAGUGCAAAUUGCAAUUGGAAAAGAUUGCCAGGAAAAAGUAAUCACACGUAACAAGUUAAUGCAUUUUACAAUUGAUUUAAGUAGCAUUUAGACAUCCUAUUAUUAGUAAUAAUUAUUGUGCAUAAUUUUUUCUUAUAUGUUUGCAGCUUUUGAUAGCUUUUAAAGAACUGUUGGUGUUCACAUUAUUUAAUUGAAACAACUCAUUGUACCAUAUAUAUAGGUAUAUAUACAGGAAAAAAUUGAAAUAAGACAUCUAAUUUUGCCCCUAUUUAUGUAGAUCUUCAGGGGAUAUAUAUAUAACAGCUAAAUUUUUGGGAUAGCCUCAUUUCCUGCAGAAGCUCAAGAUAUAGACAUUGAAAUAUUGAGGUAUACAACAUGGUCAAUAUUAGCUGUUGAUAGAACAAAAACACUGCUUUAUUCUUAAUGCAUUACACAACUGAUGAAAUUCUUUGAAUCAUUCACCCAUUUAGGGUUGUGGCAUUAUUCAAUGCAGGCAAAUGCUGAAUUUAGUUGCUGAUCACUUAAAAAAAAGAUUAGAUUAGAUUAGAUUCCUAUGGAUCAAUUCCACAGCUUUGAUUUCAGUCUGAAUUUUACGUGGUUUAAGAUCAAACCUUAAGAUUAACCUAGUUUUGACCUUAAUUUAGUCAAGUCCAUGUUAAAACUUACAUAUCAAAUUGGUCACAAUUUUUGUAUAAUACUGUAAUGAUGUGCAAGUCUAAUUUGUAGUUAAUAAUUUCGAAUGUAGUCAAGCAUAUAAUAUUAAUCAUUCAUACUGCUUCCUGUGUGGAUUUGUGAUUGUAUCAGGUAUAUUAACUGUGACAGUAUAUCAAUAACACACACACGUAUAUAUACAUAUAUUUAUGUCUGAUGCAUUUAAGUUUGUUGACAUCUUAAUAAUCUGUCCAAUUCAAUUUUCAUGUGUCAUGUUUCAUCUUGGAAUUAUAGAUUUAGUGCAUUUUAAUAAAAUUUAUAUAACCAAGUUUCUUUUCCUACUUUUAAUUAGUGUUAGGAUUAUCCUUUUUUUUCUAUAAUCUAUUGGUAAAGUAUAUCAAAAUGUUGUAGUUCACAGUCUAAAUGUAUGACAAUAAGCAUCAAAGUCUGUAUUUAUUCAGUUAAUUUUAAUAGAUAUGCUUGCAGUCAUAAAAUGUACACUGUGCAGCAGAGAACUAAGCAUAUUUGGGUAUUUAAGAAAUUCUCCCAUGUGCUGGCUGAAGUAAAUAUAUGUGCAGGUUUAAACAUGUUUAUCCAUUGCAUGAAUAUCAAAAGUUCUUUUAUUCCAGAUUCAGUACACCUGUUCAUAGCAAAAUGAUAGAGUAGUUCAGCAAGUUGUAGUUGGCAUAGUGCCAGGUUUGGCAUGUGAUUAGCAUCUGAUCUUGAAUGCAAGAUUUCUAUUUGCAUUGUGUCAUUGACAGGCAGCAGACAUGUUAUCAAAGUAAAUUUGUAUAUCAUUCAUUUUUAUAUCCUUGUUUAUUUGUGGUGCUUUUUAACCAUUUUGCCAUUUCCAUUGGUGUAUAGUGUGCUAAGUGUGGUUAAUAAAUAACGAUUCAAAUUCUGAAA